AUGGUCCUCUCCUUUAUCCUAAUCCAAAACCGGCAAGGCAAGACGCGACUCGCGAAAUGGUACGCACCGUAUAACGACGAAGAGAAGAUAAAGCUCAAAGGCGAGGUGCACCGACUCGUCGCGCCGCGCGACCAGAAAUACCAAUCUAACUUCGUCGAGUUCCGGCAGAACAAGAUCGUGUACCGGCGGUACGCGGGGCUCUUCUUCUGCGCGUGCGUCGACGCCAACGAUAACGAGCUGGCGUUUCUGGAGGCUAUACAUUUCUUCGUCGAGGUGCUGGAUAGCUUUUUCGGGAAUGUGUGUGAGCUGGAUUUGGUGUUUAAUUUUUACAAGGUUUACGCGAUUCUAGAUGAAGUGUUCCUAGCAGGCGAGAUUGAAGAGACGAGUAAACAAGUUGUGUUGACGCGGUUGGAGCACCUGGAUAAACUGGAAUAG